AUGCCGAUGCUCCUCGACAUCCAGCGCAAGCUGUUUGCCAAGUCUGAGCGCGUCAAGUCGCUCGACUUUCACCCUACCGAGCCAUGGCUCCUCGCCGGUCUCUACUCGGGCUCGGUCAACAUCUGGAAUUACGAGACCGGCGUCAUUGUCAAGACCUUUGAGGUCACAAAUGUGCCCGUACGAUGUGUCAAGUUCAUUGCCCGCAAGAACUGGUUCGUCGCCGGCUCCGAUGACUUCCAGCUUCGCGCCUUCAACUACAACACACACGAAAAGGUCAUCAGCUUCGAGGCGCAUCCGGACUACAUUCGCUGUCUCGCCGUGCAUCCCACCGGCUCGUACGUCAUCACCGGCUCCGACGACAUGACCAUCAAGAUGUGGGACUGGGACAAGAACUGGCGUCUCGUGCAGACCUUUGAAGGCCACACCCACUACAUCAUGAAUCUCUGCUUCAAUCCCAAGGACUCCAACACCUUUGCCUCCUCCUCCUUGGAUCGCACCGUCAAGGUGUGGACCCUCGGUUCCAGCGUCGCCAACUACACCCUCGACGCUCACGACAAGGGUGUCAACUACGUCGAGUACUUCCACGGCGGCGACAAGCCCUACAUGCUCACCGUCGGCGACGACCGCACCGUCAAGAUUUGGGAUUACCUAUCCAAAUCGUGCGUCCAAACGCUCACCGGCCAUACCUCCAACGUCUCGUUCGCCGUCUUCCACCCCUCGUUGCCGCUCAUCAUUUCCGGUUCCGAGGACGGCACCGUCAAGCUGUGGCACUCCAACACCUACCGUCUCGAAUCCACCCUCGACUACGGCCUCGAACGUGUCUGGUGCGUUGCCUACAAAAAGUCGGGCAACGACGUCGCCAUCGGCUACGACGAGGGUGCUGUGGUCAUCAAGCUCGGAAAGGAGGAGCCCAGCGUCAGCAUGGAUGCCGCAGGCAAGGUGGUCUGGGCUCGCAACUCGGAAGUUCUCAGCGCAAACGUAGGAACCACCGCGGAAGAAGUGGUCCCGGAUGGUCAGAGGCUUCCCGUCACCGUGCGCGAGAUGGGAACCACCGAGGUCUACCCACAGCUUUUGCAGCACAGCCCCAACGGUCGAUUCGUUACCGUCUGCGGUGAUGGCGAGUACAUCAUCUACACCGCUUUGGCGUGGAGGAACAAGGCUUUCGGUUCGGGUCUUGGCUUUGCCUGGGCGGGCGACAGCAACACGUACGCCGUCCACGAGGGCGGCUCCAAGGUCAAGGUCUUCCGCAACUUCAAGGAGCGUCCUGGUCUGCUCACUUUGGCGUAUACCGUCGAAGCGGUGGCUGGAGGUGCGUUGUUGGCAGUGCUGGGUGGCGGAUUUGUGUGCUUCUACGACUGGGAGACGGGUGCGUUGGUGCGUAGGGUGGAUGUCGAGGCCAAGGCUAUCCACUGGUCUACUACGGGCGAGUUGGUGGCGAUUGUGUGCGACGAGUCGUUUUACAUCUUGCGAUUCGAUCGCGAUGCGUAUGCUGCGCACCUCGAUUCGGGUGCAGAGGUGGAGGAUGAGGGUGUCGAGAGCGCGUUCGAGGUGGUGACCGAGGUGACCGAGGGCGUCCGAACAGCCAAGUGGACGGGCGAGUGCUUCCUGUACACCAACUCGACCAACCGACUGCAGUACCUGGUCGGCGAGCAGACACACACCAUCACACACUCGGACAACGAGAUCUUCUUGCUCGGCUACAUCCCGCAACACGGUCGCGUCUACGUGGUCAACAAGGACAUGUCGAUUUUUAGCUACUCGCUGUCGCUCGCGCUGGUCGAGUACCAGACGGCGAUUCUGAGGGGGGAUCUGGACGCAGCGGCGGAGCUGUUGGAACAAGUGCCGUCGGAUCAGAGGAACCGCGUCGCUAGAUUUUUGGAGACGCAGGAUCUCAAAGAUUUGGCGCUGGAGGUGUCUACGGACCCAGAACACCGGUUUGACCUGGCGAUCUCGCUGGACAACUUCGAGACUGCGCUCGAGAUCGCACGCAGCGGACCGCAGGUUGGGUCGGAGUCGCGAUGGCGCACCAUCGGAGACAAGGCGUUGGCGAGGUGGAACGUGACGCUGGCCAAGGAGUGUUUCGAGAAGGCGCAGGAUCUGUCGUCGAUGCUGUUGGUGGCUACUUCGACGAACGACCGCGCGCUGCUGGCGCGAUUGGCGCAGUUGGCGGUGGAGAAAGGUUCGACGAACGUCGCCUUUGCCGCGUACCUGUCGUUGAGCGAUGUGGAUUCGUGCAUAGAGGUGUUGGAGAAGGCGGGGAGGACGUCGGAGGCGGCGCUGUUUGCGAGGACGUACUCGCCCAGCCGGGUGGGGGCAAUUGUGGGCAGGUGGAGGGAGGAGCUGCAGUCGACCAACAGGCACAAGCAGAACGAGAUCGCCGCGAGCAUCGCUAACCCGGAGAGCGACGAGGCGGCGUUCGAGGAAGGGUGGAAGCAGAGUCUGGCGAGGGAGAAGGAGGGGCGGGGUAAGCAGGGGAAGGUGAAUGGCGUUUCUGCGUGA